AUCAAUUCAAAAAAGUUCUCGUUAUUAUUCUUAAUACCAAGAAAUAAUUGACAAGCGUUGGAGAUUCAUACAUUCUGAUCUUCAUUCUGCUGGGUAUUUUCUUAAUCCACAAUUUCAAUAUGGAGUUGAACAUGGAUCUGAUGUGUAUCGAGAGACAUUUGAAGGAACCAAAAAGGUCAUUAUGAAAUUGGAGAGAAACAUGGAUGAUCAAAUUAAAGCUUUAAACUCGUUGGUAUUGUUUAAAGACAUGGGUGAAACAUUUGCUACACCUCAAGCUCAAAGAGCUUGGUCUAGAAUGAAUCCAGCUGAAUGGUGGUUGAUGUUUGGUUCAUGCUCUCCUGAACUUCAACGUGUGGCUAUUAAAGUUUUAAGUCAAACAACUUCAGCCACAAAUUGUGAAAGAAACUGGAGUACGUUUAGCUAUAUUCAUACAAAGACAAGGAAUAGGCUUAAGUACAAAAAGUUGCAAAAACUUGUCUUUACACAUUACAACAUGAAAUUGAAAAUGAGGCAUCAAAUGAGAAAAAGUCAAGAAGAAAUUGAAUCAAGUUUCAAUCCAAUUAAUCUUGAUUAUAUAUUUCGAGAAGAUGAUCCAUUAUCUGCAUGGAUAGAAGAAAGAGAAAAUCCACUUUUAGAUGGAGUUCAAAAUUCAGAGUGGUUGCCUCGAAUUGAUACAGAUGAUGAAGAUGUGGAAGGUGGAGAUAGUGAUAAUGAUGGUGGUGACUUAAGCCCGCCAAGUAAUAAUAGUGGUGAUGAUGGUGUUGAUAUUGAAGGUGAAGAAAAUGAUGGUGAGGAUGAUGAGGAUGAACAAAGACAAAAUGAUCCAUAUCAAGAGACUCCAUAUAAUAGGCGUGACACAAAUCUGGUAAUUGAUUUCACUACUUCUAUGCCAGGUAUGAUUCCUCCUGAUCGUUCAUUUUCAGGUGAUAAUAGAAGAGACAAUUCACAAAAAGUAGUCAAGGGUACUAUCCACCAUUAG